AUGAGCGGCGCCGACUCUGAGCGCUCUUGGGCGCAGGACUACUUGGACAUCGACUGGAAGCCUACGCCGCCCUUAAACCGUGCUCGCGCCCCGCAUAUAUCUCUGGCACCAGCACCACCGGAUUCGCCAGCACAUCCUGCACCAGAACUUGCAGCGACUCUGCCAGGUGUACGGGGUGCAGAGGAUGCAUUGGGCCCCUACGAGCGUCUAACGGGUGUGGUCGAACCACCACACCCGGGCGACGGUGUCUUAGAGCUUGUAACGCGCCUGGCACGUCUGCGCCGCACAUCCCCCGUGGAUCCCGCGCCCGUGUUCGCCGCGUGGCAGGCGGCCGUGACUUCGCUGUUGCCAGAGGUAACGGUGCGCGCGCACUCGCCGUCAGACGCGGUGUUUGCCGAGCCAACGGUCGUACCACUGCCAUCGAUGUUGGACGAGGUGGAGGCGCCCAAGAAGGAAGCGGGGAAGCGCCCGCAUUUAGCGCCCGAACCAGCGCCCGGCCCUGCCACCCCCCGCGCUCGUCGGGCACGGGAUAUCGACGACCGCGUCGAGGAUGUCUUGCGCCGUCUUGAGCGAGACGAUGUCAGAGCCAAGCGCCCGCCUUCGGCUUCUUCAGUCUCGUCUUCGUCUUCACCAACCACUUCGGACGAUGCCGAUAUCGCAUCCCUUUCAUCAUUUACUUCGAUUUCGUCACUUACGACCCCGCCGCCGUCAACCACCACCAAGCCAGCAUUGUCGUACCGCGACUACUGCGUCCCAGUCCGCAGCCCGGGUUCGACAUCGAAUGGACCCUGCUCACCCAACGCGCCCGAAACACCACGGCGCCCGCCUGUGCAGCUCCGUAUCGACGCCGACGGGUUCUACACGUUCGGUACACCCAGCCCGCCACCUCGGAAACUCCAAACACCGCGAAACAAGUCCAAGAGUCGAACCCGCGCGCUUGUUGAUGCUCUUCGAUCACAAACCACUGACGAAGACGACGAUGGUUGGUUCGCGCGGAGCUCGAACCCGGCACCUGCAGCAGCAGAACGCAAGGACGGGUGGUUCGCGAUGGAGCACAAAGACGGAUGGGUCGGCGCGGACGUUCUCGCGCCGGCCUUCUCCCCGCCACGUGCGCCGACCACAAAUGGACACGCGAAGCAGCGCCCCAGCCUGUCCGUGUCGCCAGACGGCUGGAUCGGUCUCGACGCUUCGCCGCCGCCGAAGCUGCACCCGACACGACCCCCGCAAGGGCAUCGCUCACGGGCGUCGCAGUCGAUGUCGGGGCAGUUCGUGUUCCCACCGCCGCAGUCUAUGCAGGUUCCGCCGCCACCACCGCCCGGAUGGAUCGUGUAUGCGCCUCCGCCUCCGCCAACGUUCUUCGCGCCUCAGGGUGCGGGGAUGGGGGUAGCGCCUAUGCAAGUUCCCGUGGCAUAUGGCGCGAAUACGGGGUUCCGUCCCGGGAUGGGAUGGCACUGA